GGCUCUGGCGGGGCAUUGUCGAAACCGGAAAAUCAAGCGUUCGUGUGGGACACGUGAUUGGAGACCAAAACAAUGAAGGCAAUCAUUCAAAGAGUAACGAAGGCAAGCGUAUCAGUUGGAGAGGAGCAGAUCAGUUCAAUAGGCAGGGGACUCUGUGUGCUGUUUGGCAUCUCAGUUGAGGACACACAGAAAGAUGUUGACUACAUGGUACGUAAGAUCCUGAAUUUGCGUCUCUUUGAGGAUGAGAACGGGCGUGCCUGGAGCCGCAGCGUGAUGGACAGAGAGCUAGAAGUGUUGUGUGUGAGUCAGUUUACUCUUCAGUGUAUCCUCAAGGGAAAUAAGCCUGACUUCCACUCCGCCAUGCCGGCUGAACUGGCCCAGCCCUUCUACAACAACAUACUGGAGCAACUGAGAGUGGCGUAUAAACCAGAGCUGAUCAAAGAUGGGCAUUUUGGUGCAUAUAUGCAGGUACACAUUCAAAAUGAUGGACCUGUGACCAUUCCGCUUGAGUCUCCUGCUCAUCCCACAGAUCCUAAACAGCUGUCCAGACUAGAGAAGCAGCAGCAGCGGAAAGAGAAAACACGAUCGAAAGGCUCCUCUGAGUCCAGAGAGAAAGGAGCGCUGCGCUCAAAAGGAGAUCCCAGUGCGAGCAGUGGCGCAGAGGGCGAUGUGUCAUCUGAACGGGAACCAUAAAGUACCUCAGGGAUUUUGCAGCUCACAGAUGAGUCCAGCUUCCAGAGGAAUGCUGCUGUCUUCAGGGACAUCUGUCUUUCUGUCUCAUUACUGUCUUUGUCAGCUGUCUGAAAUUGUGUGCCCAGCCUUAUACUAGAACAAGUGGCAGCUCCACAAUUACCAGUAGAAAAAAGAAAUAAAUAAAAAGACAAAGGCACAAUUUCAGCGGUGUAAUGGUGCCACUUUUAAAGAUUUUUAAAAGAAUAUUUCAGCUCUGUAGGUCCAUACAAUGCAUGUGAAUGGGUGGCAACAUUUUUACACUCCAAGAAUCACAUAAAGGCAUUAUAAAAGUA